AUGCAUACAACCUUAUCGUCCAAGGAAUGUUUUCAUCUUCAUGUUUUGGCAAGCUUUGUUGUAGUCGUGAUGACGUUCAUCAUUCCGUGUGUUGAAUCUCUUAACAUCUUGCCAAAGACAAGUCUUUCAUCGAGCAGUGAUGAGCCUUAUUGCUGUCUUCCCAAGGUAUGCAGCAUGACCUGCUCCUAUUCUUUCAUUCCUUUAUCCUCUGGUGGUUCUACAUCCAUUUCAAUGACAACCACAAAAGAAUAUUAUGAUUUUGGUUCUAAUCGUAAACGUUCGGAGGAGUUUAUGAACAUGAAUUCUUCCCAGAAAAAGAAUGGUAUUUCAAAUGAAUUAACCUUAUCAAGUAUUUCGUUACUCGUAAAAGAUGCAUAUUAUGAUUACACAUACUUUUUGGGAAAUUCUUCAAACUCGAGAGAAUGUCAUUGUCAACGAUCGCCCAAUGUCAGAAAAUUGAUUCAAUGUUUUGGAAUACCUGAUGGCAACAUUGAAAAAGCAAGACUUCUCAACUUAGAUGCAACCAAAUUGUCAUUUGGAGUAUUGCAACAUGGUUUCUAUUUUGAAGAUUGGGUCGUUCAGAAUGAAACGAAUAGUUCUGAUUCUUCACAAUGUUGGCAUUUGAGUCGAACACUCGUGGAUCCUAAUUCUGUUCAAAGAUUUGAUUAUUACGAUAUGAGCGAGAAGGUGGAUUCGAAAUUGUUUGAAAUACCACCGUGGUGUCCAACGAAAGAUAAUUGUCAGAUUGUCAAUUGA